CCGACGAUGGGCUUCCGAAAGGAUACAGAACCCUGGAAGCUUAUGCUUGUCAUGCUUUUAGACUUGUCAAUGCUGCUGGAGAUCAUGUGUAUUGCAAAUUCCAGUUUACGCCUAAGACCAGUGAAUUAUUCAUGACCACAGAAGAAGGCACUCGAUUAGCUGGAGUUGAUCCAUCGUAUGCGACCAGGGAUUUGUAUUGUGCAAUAAAGAAUGGAAAUUUCCCACAAUGGAAACUGGAAAUGCAAAUUAUGACCCAGGAACAAAGCGAGGCAAUGCCCUGUUGCUUCUCUGACAUCACUAGGGAAUGGGAUCCUAUCACUCACCCCUUGAUGGAAGUAGGAAUACUCACUUUAGAUAGAAACCCUAAUAACCAUUUCUUAGAUGUGGAACAGGCGGCCUUUUGCCCGGGUAACUUAUGUCCAGGAAUAGAGGGAUUCCUGGAUAAAACAUUCCAGGCUCGUGCGUUUGCCUACGCUGAUGCGCAGAGGUAUCGUUUGGGAGCAAACUUUGCACAACUGGAAGUGAAUCGUCCCAAGGUUUGUGUGAACAAUUACCAGCAGGAUGGACUCAUGGCCUUCCACCAAGUGGGCAAAACCAAUUACUAUCCCAAC